CGUUAACUGGCAUUCAUGGCCGCCCUCUUUACACAGAAAAGGUCAGAGAUUGGUGGUGGGUGCAUUGAUGAAAGUGAAACCGCAGCCAGCUGUGGUCCUACAACUUUCCCCUUGCUGGUUAUACUUGGUCACACAACCUACUCCGCAGAGUCCGUCCGUUCACUCGAGUCGCGCGCUCGGCGUUGCAUCUUCACCUCUGCUCAGCUAAAUAAGUGGCUGCUUUUGCCAAACAUCUCUUGGACGGAAACAGAGUUGAAGAAGAAAGACAAGGCGAUGAAGCCUCUCCCGGUGACCCUGGCUCUCCUGGCCCUCUUCCUCGUCGCCUCGUACCAGGACCUCACCGUGGCCGCAGAUGCAGAUGCAGAUGCAGCUGGAGCUGGAGAUGUUGGCGCCGUUCCGGUUCCGGACAGCGUGUGCGAGGGCAAGUGCAAGAACCGGUGCUCGCAGAAGGUGGCCGGGCGGUGCAUGGGGCUGUGCAUGAUGUGCUGCGGCAAGUGCGCCGGCUGCGUGCCGUCGGGGCCGUUGGCCCCCAAGGACGAGUGCCCCUGCUACCGCGACAUGAAAUCCCCCAAGAGCGGCCGCCCCAAAUGCCCCUAGGACUAGGGCGCUUCUUUUUCUUUCUUGGGUGGAAUGGGAUCUUGACGAGCCGGGUGCGUGGGAUUUAGGGGUUCCCCUUGUUUGUAAGCUUGAUUUGUUCGGGAUAAACAACGCAGAUCCGGUUUGAGUA